GGCGGGGCGGGGCGGGGCCGGGCCAGCGCGGCGCCCGGGACGCUCCUGCCGCUGCGCCCCCGCUUGUCCCCCGGAGCGUGGGCAGGGCUGCGGGGUCUGCUGUGAGCUCGGCUCCCACCGCCGGAGGACGAGGCAGGAGAGUCGCGGUGCGGAGCCGAGGCUGGGCGCGUCCCGUGUGUCCUCCGCGUGGUUGUCUGGGUCCAGCGGACCCUGCCCGGCUUGGGCCACGGCCGGCGGGGCGCGGGGAAUGCAGUGGCCCCCGACGGCUGGCGCCUCGCGGGGUCCGGGCCGGGUGCCCCCCAUGGCUGCCAAGUGGUUCAGGGAGUUCCCGCUCACCCUAAAGCCCAGUGCAGGCGCUGGCAAGCUGCGCAAGAGCCCCGAGGUGGGCAGUGCGGGGCCCAUCCCGGGCAAGGGCCGCAAGAACUCUGUGGCUGAGUUAGGCGCCCGGGCCAGCAGCGCCGCCCCCAAGGACAGCCGGCUCUCCCGGGACAGCCUACAGGGCCUGAUCCAGGCUGCAGCCGGUAAGGGCCGCAAGAACUCGCGGGUCACCGAAGAGGAGCCCCACCGGGGCGCGGCCAAGACCUCCGGCUGCAGCACCUACAUCAGCAGGCUCAUCAAGGUGGACACCCAGGAGAAGGCGGCCAAGAGCAGCUACCCCAGCAACAGCAGCAGCAGCGGCAGCAGCAGCAGCAGUAGCAGCAGCUGUUCCUCCGCAUCCUCUUCCCCUUCCUCCCUGGGCCCGGAGCCGGACAAGGGCAAGAUCACAAAGCAGCAGGACACGGUAAUCAUUUUAGAAGACUAUGCUGACCCUUACGAUGCCAAGCGAACAAAAGGUCAGAGGGAUGCAGAGAGAGUUGGCGAGAACGACGGCUACAUGGAACCCUACGAUGCCCAGCAGAUGAUAACAGAAAUUAGACGCCGUGGCUCCAAGGACCCCCUGGUGAAGGCUCUGCAGCUGCUGGAAGGGCCCUGUGAGCCUGGGGAGAAUGGCGGUGCCAAGUCAGAGCCCAUGGCCAAGAGGCGCGGCUCCAAGGACCUCCUGGGGAAGCCACCACAACUCUACGACACUCCCUACGAGCCCGGCCCUGAGGGGAAGGCUUGGCCUUCGGACAGCCGGCUGCCAGAGGAUGAUGAGAGGCCUGCGACUGAGUAUGAGCAGCCCUGGGAGUGGAAGAAGGAGCAGCUGGUGCGUGCACUGUCAGUCCAGUUUGAAGGAUCUGAGCGACCUUCGGCCAGGGAGGAGACAGUGAGGCAGCACCACCGGCAGAAGAGCUGGACCCAGAAGAUCCUGAAGCCAGCCCUGUCCGACCCCAGCGAUGGGGAGAAGAAGGUGGACCCCAGCCUGGCCCUGGACAAGCAGCCCUGGUAUCACGGCGCCAUUACCCGGGCUGAGGCCGAGAGUCGUCUACAGCCCUGCAAAGAAGCUGGGUACCUCGUUCGAAAUAGCGAGUCGGGGAACAGCAGGUACUCCAUUGCACUCAAGACAAGUCAAGGAUGUGUCCACAUCAUAGUGGCUCAGACCAAAGACAACAAGUACACACUGGAUCAGACGAGCGCCGUGUUUGACAGCAUCCCAGAAGUGGUGCACUACUAUUCCAACGAAAAGCUGCCUUUCAAAGGGGCAGAACACAUGACCUUACUAUACCCUGUGCACAACAAGCUUCACUAAGGUUCAACAACAAGAGCCCUGGGCUCCUGGCACCUAAGAGGGCAUGAACCCAGCCAGCAUCUUGGGAUUAGAUGGGCUGCUCCUCAAACCCAGGACAGAGCAGGAUCUUACGUGGACUCAGCAAGCUUUGGUCUUGAGCCCUUCAGUGACCCUUGGUGUCUAGCUAUCCUUGUUCUCCUUGCCAAGUAGCUGCACAAUGAGAAGCCAUAAUUUAGUGUUGAUUCCUUCUCUGGGGUAGUUUGGGGUGUGACCCUUGGAAAAGGUAAGUCUGGAGUUCAGGAAUAUCGAAGUUCUCCAGCACUAUACUGGUCAUUCCCUGGGACACCUGCUCUCUCAAACAACCAUGGAAAUCACUAGGCUUUAACACAGGCCAGAUGUGUGUACGUGUUAGUUACACCCUUGUGGGAGAGUCGAUAGGCUAUGGGACAUUCUCUUCCUCCCUCGGGGGUCCUAAUACAGCUCUAGUGUUCAUGCCAAAGCACAACACUGGCAGAAGGACUACUUUGUUGGUCAGCCUUUCUAAGAAGCUUGCACUGGGCAUAUCUGUGCAAGCCAGUAAUCCUAGCACUUGAGAGGCUGAGGCAGGAGGAUACGCAUUUCAGGCCUCCUGGAGCUAUGAUGAGGCCCUGUCUCAAAAACCAAAGGUUUGCAUUUUCUCAGUCUGUAUGAACUUUUUCAUCAUUUUUGUGCAAAUGAGUAAUAUAAGCAUAAAUUAAAAGGAAGAUACCCUGUGUAAGAAUCUAUGAUGUAGGGGGCUGGGGAUUUAGUUCAGUGGCACAAGCGCCUGCCUGGCAAGUAUGAGGUUGUGAGUUUAAACCCUGGUACCUGGUGAUGUAAUUAAAAAUUAACAAUAAACUAUGCAAGAUUUUAUUUCUGAUUUUUAAAAGUUCCAAAAAUUUUGAAGCCUGAUAAGCAUUCUCUUAUAGGAUAAUUAUAUAGAACUUUAGAUAGCUUUUAUUUCAUCUCUGUGUUUUUUAGUUGCCAUGGAAUCAUCUUUAAGUAUUGUCUCUAAAAUUAGAUUUGCUUAUAUUUUAGUAAAUGUUUUAAAAACAAUGAUUUUGGGGUCUGACUGUGUGGCCUGGGUUCCUGGAGUCUGUGAAGUCUCCUUCUGCAGGGCAAGGCCAGUUCACACUGUACCAGUGUACUUUGAGGACUUCUGGGUUGUCCUCACUACUGUUCUGUGCUGUUAAUUGUCAUAUAUUUUACCUUUUUGAUUUGUUGUGACCACGUAUCGCCAGUUUAUUACUGUGAAAACCUCGUGGCAACGACGUGCUGUGACAAGAGUGCUGUGGUCAGCACGGGACUGAUGUUUCUGUGCCACAGGGUUUGUGACUUGGUUCUUAGAACUGGUCCAGAUACAGAUGGGCUGAUUGUCGUCAAUGUCUAGUUAACUUCUGUAGCUCCUUUCAAACACAAGUCAAAAAAAAAAAAAAAUGAUUUGAUUAAAUUAUUAGGAAAGCACCUCUUUCUAGUUUAUAGUGAUCAUUUGACUAUCACGAUUUAAAGGCUAGGAAAAUUUUUGCUUCCUUUUCAGUGAUGAUCUUGUCUCCAAAGACUUGUGCGAUCAUUAGUAUUAAAAAAUUGAAAAAGACACUAAAAAGUUGAGAGGAACUUUUCUAACCAGAGUUCAAUUAUUUUGUUAAUAAGAAAUGGCUCAUCUUUUUAAGUAUUGUAAGAAUUUUUAAACUGCGUACUGUGUUGUAUACUGUAUCUUUAGUACAAGGGUUUAAUUCUGUACCCAUACGUCCAACUCUAUUCAAUGAAUAUUUAUUAUUCUCUGUUUCAUACAUUGUGCUAAACUUAUUUUUAGAUCAGCAAUUUAGCAAUUAAAUCUCAUAUUUUACUUAACCUUAUUUUAUAAAAUAAAUACAGCAGUUAUUUUAACUUUAAUAAAUGCAAAGGGCUUUAUAAGUUUUUUCUUGGUGCAUUAAAUGAUUUUUGGCCCGUACCCAGCAAGUCUGAUGAAUGUAUAAUGAAAUAACAUUUUGAGAACAGACCUGACACAGUAUUUAUUGAGUUAUCAUAUGCCUAGGAUUGUGCUUCUAUAUUUUUCCAUGACCUGCUGUUUGUGUGUGUGUGUGUGUAAUUAAAAGUGGAUUUCUUCUAAAAAGUGGCAGAGAUGCAGAGUUUAUAAGCAGUCUAGUCACUCUGUGAUUAUACAGAAGAUUAUAAAAGCAGACAGAGAGUAGGUUAGUGGAAGGCUGCUGAGGAGGAUGUUAAGCUACUGUUUUCAUCUUCGAUUGUGACACAAGCUGACAAAAUGCAGGGAAUUCGUAGCCGGGUGGUGGCUUUGAAGUACCCUGCAUUCUGAAAACAAUCCGGCCCAGCAGGGCAUCCUAAUGGCUUCCUCGCUAGGCCUUGAGGCCAGAUCUGCGGCCUCCAAGCCCGGGCUCUUCCUCAUUUUGUUUGGAUGUAGUGUUUUCCUGUUGUCUUUAUUCUCCUGAGCUAAUUGUGCCUUGCAGAAUUUUUUCUGGUGAGAAUAGCGUCUUUGGGUGAAUUCUUAUGUGCUGAGUUCAGCUCUCACAGCUGUGUCUAUUCUUCGUCCAUUAUCACAACUUUGUAAAAGCACUGCUCUGCUGAAGGUUCUGAGUUGCACCGUUGGUUCCCUUCAGGUGUGUAAGCACAGAGGGCAGCCCUGAGCAGUGACACAGGUAUAGUCCCAGCUACUCAGAGGCUGAGGCAGGAGGAUGGCUGGAAUCAGGGGUUUGAGGCCAGCCUGGGCCACGGCUAAGACCCCAUCUCAGAAACACAAAAGAGUGGGCAAAGGGCAUUCUUUACUUCUGUUGAUGCUGUGGCUUAUUUCUAUCAGGAUGGAUUUCAAGUACUAGAACAGUAGGUGUUUAAGGUAGGAAUUUAAAAACAUUUUAAUACAUGUGCAAAAAGGCAAGUUUUGACAUGCCUGCUCUGUACCGGGCACCCAAGUGUCCUCUAAGUUAUGCAAGGUGCUUGGAUAAGGAGCAGAGAAAAAGCCUCCAUUCUGUGCUGCUGAAAGUGCUUUACUGAACUGGUGUUCAUUCACUGGCCUCUACCACAGCGUGGCGGGCGGGAAAGGCAAUGGGAAACAGCCCCAAGUCACUGAUUACAUCAGUUAACCAUGUUACUACUAUGUCCUUAGCUUUUGCUGUUGGAUGCUUUCUUUUUGUUUUUUGAGACAAGGUCUUGCUUUGUAGUUCAGGCUGGCCUUGAACUCACAGUGAUCCUCCUGCCUCAGCCUCUCAAGUUUUGUGAUUAUAGGUGCAUGCCACUACGACUGGCUGCUGAAUACAUCUCAACAUUUACUUUAAUUCAGAAGGAAAACCGUGAAACAGACACACCUUCAGUUGUUUUUUAAGUGAGUUAUUAAAAUGCCUUUUGUUAGAGGUUCCUGUCUUGUUUUUCCUCACUCUUGGGAGAAGAAACCUGGAGGUGUCUGGAUUUCGUUUCUCUUGGGCAUGCUUUGUGUUUAACAGGAUUUCACUGAUACCUUUCUUUCUCUAUGUUUGGAUAGUUAUACCUCAUUUGUUAGUUGCCCUUUCUCACUUUCUGUAACUGGCAGUCGUUUGGCCUUCUGAUCUCUUUAGCAUCGCCUUUUUUUGUUAUUUCCAGUUCUUGCACUCCACUCACCUCGAUUUAGGCUGGCUGCUUGCUGCUGGCCCUCUGUAAACUCAGCCUCCUUCCCAGCUGACCCUGGGUAAUAAUGAACGGUGGUGUGUUACUGCCAUCUACUGGAAAGAGAGGAAACUGCAGUUGGGAAAGCAAGCUGCGUUAGGGCUAGCAUUCUCUAAAGGGUUUCUGAUAGUCUAUACAGGGAAAUAAUGGUGACACGGCAGUAGUCAUCUUGCUGUGUGUCCUUCCCUGAGUAAAGGAUGGUGUGAAGCCUCAUAUAACCCCCAGCCACCGGCGGGGUCAUGAAGCUUCAAAUCUUAUAUUGUAUUUUAGUGGACAUACUGGAAUUUAAUCAUUGAGAUGGGCAACUCGUUCUGUCAGGUUCUUAGCUAUUUGUUAUUUUGUCAGAAGGAUUUAACAUUUUUGUAUCGGUAUAUUUACAUAUACAAUACAUGUUUUGAACUUUUAAAGCCAUUUGAAAAUUGUAUGUGACAUGGGUGUCUGUGUAUAUAGUGCCCUGGUAAUUUAUAUUGUAUCAGAAAUAUUUUAUAAAAUUUCUGAAUGUCUGGGAGAAGCCAGUACAGGCUGUGUACUCUGCUGAGAUGGUUUACUCUGAAAUGUAACUUUCAAUAAACAUUAUUAUACCGAGAAAA